UUAGCCCAACUGCACUGAACCUGUGGCUUCAGGGGCCAGCUGCAGAUAUUUCUCUUUGCUUCCUAAUCAGAAGGAAACCUCCCUCACAUUCCACAGCUGCAACCUAUAUAAGGGAUGGGGCUCAGGCACUUUUGUUUUUCCUCGAAUACUUGAGGGGAGGUUUGGUUUUUUUUAUUUUCCAUCCGCAGCCCUCAAGAGCAUGGAGAGCACUUGGAGGAUUUGUGUCUGUUUGUCCUGCUGCUUGCCCUGGCUCUCUGCUGGCACCCAGUUCUCACCCCGCUCCAGGGGUUGGGAGGACUCUGCGGAGGCCCCUGGGUUUUUGGCAGCCCCUGAGGAUGCUGCGAACCAGCUCAGCGCGGGGCUGCAGCUGCCCCAAGGCGAGGCACCGGCCCAUGCCCUCCUGCCCCCCUUGCUGAAGGUGCUGCACAACCGCGGCCCCCGGGGCUGGCACAGCGAGGCGCCGCGGCUGCAGCCGGAUUCCAGGGCCCUUCGGUACAUGAAGAGGCUGUACAGGAUGUCUGCCACCAGGGACGGCAUCCCCAAGGCGCAGCGAGGCCGCCUCUAUAACACGGUGCGGCUCUUCACCCCGUGCUGGGAAUGCGAGCACCGCCCCGCGCACCUGGGCAAAGGAGAUGUUCACUCAGUGGAUUUUCUCUUCAACUUGGAUCGUGUUACUGCUCUGGAGCACUUACUCAAAUCUGUCUUGCUCUAUUCCUUUGACACAUCUGUUCCCAUUUCCUCUUCCAUCACCUGCAUGUGCCAUUUAUCUCUUAAGGAACAUGAUUUUUCCAGCCAAGUCUGUCCCAGCAUUUCCCACUCUCUAGCUUUUAGCCUGCACUUUGACGUUAGAAAACGCAAAUGGGUGGAGAUGGAUGUGACUUCUUUCCUCCAGCCUCUGAUUGCUAUGAACAGGAGGAACGUCCAUAUGGCUCUGAACUUCACUUGUCUGAUGGGUGACCCACAAGGGAGCACGAAACUGGAAAACGCUGUUAAUGUGACACUGGUUCCCCCUUCCCUUCUGCUGUACCUGAAUGACACCAGCGAGCAAGCUUAUCACCGGGGGAGCUCACUGAGGCACGGGAGGAAAAGUAGCAGCCCGCUUGUGGAUCCUCCAAAGGGUGACAGAGGACAAGGCAAUCCCCAGGGUAAAAGGGCCUCUCGCCAGCGAAGGAACGAGAAUCCCAAAGCGGCUCCGGCCACCUCAGCUCGUAACCUGAGCGAGUACCUGAAGCAGUUUGUGUUCCCUCAGAACGAGUGCGAGCUGCACAGCUUCCGCCUGAGCUUCAGCCAGCUGCGGUGGGACCGCUGGAUCAUCGCCCCGCACCGCUACAGCCCGCAGUUCUGCCGGGGGGAAUGUCCCCGCGCCCUGGGCCACCGCUACGGCUCCCCGGUGCACACCAUGGUGCAGACCCUCAUCUACGAGCGGCUGGACCCCUCGGUGCCCAGGCCCUCGUGCGUGCCGGCCGCCUACAGCCCGCUCAGCGUGCUGACCAUCGAGCCCGACGGCUCCAUCGUCUACAAGGAGUACGAGGACAUGAUCGCCACCAAGUGCACCUGCCGCUAGCGGGACCGGCUUUGGGCGAGGUCUGCACUCCCGAACACAAAACGGGGUUCACAUCAGAGCACCGAUUUUUGUACUCACUCAGUCUUUCUAGAAUGUGCAAUUCAAUGUAAACAGAGUCUUUUUAUCGGGAGAAUUUUGCACUUAAAAUGGGGGAAAAGGUUCAACUACUAAAUGUCUAUUUUUAAGCUGAUUUAUUACAAAAAGAGAUAAAUAAAUGGCUAUCACUCAUACCCUGACAUGCUGUGCCUGCUACUCUGCCUCUAAAGAAACCUUGUGUGUGGCAUCUCCAAAAAUGACUAGGAAAGGGAGAAAGUCUUUAAUGUUAGAAUAAUUUCUUCAGUUUUUCAUUCUCCUUCCCCUACCACAUUCCAGCUCUUCCAGGCACGGUGACAAAACCCUUCCUCACAGUUCUGUAAAGAGUUAACAGGUUGUUUUUUGCUUUUAUUCUGUUGCACUCUUUGGGCUUUCUCAGCUAAAAGAAGGGUAAGAAUUUAAGGGCAGCUCUGGGUAAUUUGUGAACACUUAAAUGAAAGCACUAUUCUGGUAAAAAUUGGCAUCAGGUGAGGCUUUCUUUGAUUUGAGAAUAAGGAGCAGCUGUCCAUGGGGUGAGGGCAGAGGAUUGUCCACUAGAGCCACACGGCUACUGGCUUCUGAUGUAGGAAGAUUUGUUUAAAAAGCUUAAUCCCCAAAAAUGGCUUCUAAAAGCCUUAAAUGUGUUGAUGAAAAUACUGUUCGGUGGGCUUAAUAUUCUGAAAUGUGGGGCCACAGCUUUGUUUCCUCUCACAAUGAAACUGUAGGUAACAAGUGCCUCAACUCUAGAUGCUUCCACACCAAAUUUUUACUGUAAUUGAUUUAUUAUGAUUUAUUUUCUCCUCCUGGACUUGGGGUUCAUACACAAAACUUCUCAGCUUUAGUGGGGAUUUUUCUGGUUUGCUUGUUAAUUAAAGGAUAUGGAGCAGCACUAUAUUGUAAAACCUGCUCAGAACAUCCUUUAACAUUGACUUGCUAAUGGAUUAAUGAAUAAAUGCUGUAACUUUCUGCACUCAGCCACACAACCAGCCCCUACCUGAGAUCCUGAGCAAUUCCAGAGGCUGGGAACUCAGUCUGGCAGGGCAGGGAUGCUGAGUGGUGUCACUGAUGGUUCACCUGGUCACUGAACCCAGGGAGGGUGGGGUGUCUGGAGAGCUGGUGGAGGUGCAACAGGCACAAAUCUGCCCAAAAAGUGAGGCUCCUGCUCCAGGUUUCAGUCUCUGACUGCUGAAAUCAAAGAGGUUGACACCAAAAGCUCAAAGCAGAAUCCUGGUGUCACAUAAAACUAUCCUGGUGUCAGCACUGUGGGUGGCUGGGUCAGUUUGGAUUGUAUCACUCCUGCUCAUCCCUUCAAACUCUGGGAAUUUGGCUUUGCUCACCUGCCAGAAAAGAAAAUAAAUGGAAUUGUUUCCUGAGACAAACCUUUCUAAUUAUGGUGAAAUGUCUAAUGUAGCCCAAUUGUCCUAAUAUAUUGUAAUAUUCCAUCAAUGGGUAUCAUCUUCAAUAUAGUAUAAUAAUUCCAGUAAUAAUAUGUUAAAUAUGUGUAAUAUAUUGUAAUAAUACCAACAAUGUUGAACCUAAUAUAUUCUAAUAAUAAUUCCAAAAAUGCUGAAGAUGUUUAACAUAUUCAAACAAAACGAAUAUAUUGUAAUAUAUUAGUUUAAAUAAUGGAAAAUAUGUCUAAUAUAGCAUAAUGAUCCAAAUAAAGUUGAAGGUGCCUAA